UUAUCUGUUAUUUUCCUGUCUGGUAAAUGGCUAAUGUAUAAGGCACAUAUGUCCCAAACGUUAAUGCAAUAUUGUCGAAGAACUCAAAGCUUCAUUAUUAUGGAUAUCAUUGUAUUUACUCUUUUUGUGUUACUGGCUGGUGCGACUGCUCUGCCGUCUGAAUUAAAAAGAAACGAGUUAAAAACGAGCAGGAGCCUUGAUGAAACCGUUCGCCUCAUGCUUGAAGGUGUGAUUCAUCAGGCGAAAUCUUUUGAUCCUUAUUCAGUAGAAUCCGCUUCCGAUGGAUAUACUUUUCCAGUACCUGGUGUCUUCUCAGCUGUUGGUUCUGUGGAGGAUUUUGUGCUAUCAGGAUUCAGUGACAUUGAAAUAGUUGAUGUUACAUUCAUUGUUACCACCUUAAGUGUUGAAGUACGUCUUACUGGAUUUAUGGCAUCUAUUGGUAAUGCAGUUGCAGAUGUGAACGUCUUUAAUCGUAAUAUCAAUGGUCAGUUAAACGGAAGCGUGGCUGUCAACGAUAUUCGUUUAAAACUAGUGGCGGAUCUAGGUAAUCUGGCAGAGCAUUUGGAAUUUUCAUUCCAUAUUGGAGAUAUUCGAUCGGACCUUAACGUACGGAUCAACGAACGUGACCUUUCUGACGUCGUCAACAAUUGGCUCGGCAACACUAUGCCAGCAACUCUAGAAAAAUAUGAGGAACAACUGAGCCGUAUCAUCGCAAGACAACUGAAACCGAUCAUCGAACGUAUUUUUUAAGAAACAUAUUGAAAUGUAUGAAAAAAGUAAUUCGAAAAUAAAUGAAUUCCGUUGAAGUGCAUCACAAAUAGGUACCUGUCUUGUUUUUUUAUAUCUAAGUCAUUAGUGAAACCGAUUGGCAUUGCUAUUUUGGGUUCAGACUUUAUUCUGAAA